AUGUCUGAAAAGACUGAGACCCAAACCUCAGACCAUCCUGAUGCACAUGGAGGGCGUCUAGAGGAAAACCCGGGCACUGGGCUAUUAAAUGUGAAGGAAGAGGAUGAGACAGAUGACAUGAAUAGUCAUCAGACUGAAAUACAUUGCUCCCUCCCUGCCGAUGAAGAUAACGCUGAUAUAGUGAAAGUUGAGAUAACAGAAGAUCUGUGUGUGAGGCAUCAGCUAGAAGCACCAGAUGAGGAAACCAGGGACAGUAUCAGUCAAGGCCAUAUGACUGUGACACCUUCAGAUGGCUCAGCAGUUGAGUACGGAGCAGAACCAUAUGUGUGUGAUCACGUGAAGACUGAGGAGGAUGAAGUUCCUAUCAAUAUGGCUACAGGUGAUGUUAAGACUGAAGUUACACUUAAUGCUGAACAAACAAAUGAUCUGUAUGUAAAGAGUCCACUGGAAGCUGUGAAGCAGGAAAUCAGUGACAAUAUCAGUACAGCUAAAACCAACAGCUUCAAUAAGGAAAGAGUUUCCCUCAAGUUAACAAAUCACAGAUUCAUGAUUGUUAAUGGACCCGGAAAAAGCCACAGAGCCUUAGGGGUAAAACACGCGUAG